UAAUUCGAAAACUUAUAAAAGAGAGCGAUAUUUACAUUUUGAUCAUUUUCAAGACUGUUCUGCUCCAGAAAACUACUACACGUGAAUUGUAACAUGUGAAAUUCUUCAUCAUGCUCACUACCUGCGACUGUUUGAAGGAGACGGAGGACAAACAGUGUAUGUUGAAAUGUGUUGAAAAACGAAUAGACGAUGUAUCAGAAUUAGUAGACUUGAUGCGGCGUGGUGACAUUGGCCCCGCUUCCCAUAUACGAGUUUACAGACAACGAGCUGUCCAGUGUCUGUGCUGGAAAUUUGACUACAGUUACAACCACCAUUUCAUUGUGACUGAUGUCACCGAUAAUAAAUUGACCAUUCUUCACUACGCGCCAAAAAGGAUUUCUAAUAUUAUUUUGUUAAAAGGAGUGGCCGAAAUCAUUCAAGAGACGGUGGCUGUUGAAGAUGACGAAGAAACACUGGACUUUGAGUCUGGGGUAUUCCUAGUGACCGCGGACAACUACCCACGGACUCCCAGCCAAAAGUGUGAGGCUGUGACGCGGGCUAAACGACGGCUCGGGGAGAGACAGUACUCUGUGUUCCAUAACAACUGUGACAGUUUUGUGUCUUGGACACUGAGCGGAAAUUCUUACUCACACCAGGCCAUGAAUGCAAAAGGCCUGCUACUGUGUAUCGGUGUCUGUGCGCGGUACUGUAUCAGGAUCUACCGGACCUUAGAAUUAAUUAAAGACUCUGUGGGAAAAUUACUGGCUUUGUUUGGCGAAUAGAGAACAGGUUAUACUAAUAUCUAUUGUUACAAAUGUGUAUCGAAUAUUGUACAUGUUAUAUUUAAUUUAUAUAUGUUGAAUAUAAUACUCUGUUGUGAAGAAAUCCUAUUGCUUUCUGUGAUGCUACUGUUGUUGUUUUUUUUAUUAAAUGCUGAUACAAAUA